AUGUCCAGUGUGGCCUCGGAGCUCCCGGAAAUGGAUGCUACUCGGUUCCAACACACUCCUUACUACUGCGAAGAGAACGUGUAUCUGCUCUGCAAGACGUUGUGCGAGAAUGGUGUAGCGGAUGCGACGGGUUCCGAUCUGUUUGUUGUUUUCAUCUCGAAUGAGAAGAAACAGGCAAGCAUGUCUUUGUUCCACUUUGGCAUCAGAAAGCUAGUAGCAGAGCUGAUGGGAUUGUACUGUGGGAUUAUCAUGUCAUCUGCGUCCAGGAAGAAAGAAAGUGAUUCUGAGCCUUUGGUGUGGGAUCUCGAUUCGACUUUGCCUUUCCCUUCACCUUUAACCUCAUACGUGACUGAAACUAUCCAGCUAUCUUUUCAGCUCUUUGCAGAAUAUCAGAGGUUCUUUCGCAUUGUGCAUGCUCCUCUCUUCUUUAAGCACUUUGCCUCUGAUAGAAGACACAUGAAAGAACCUGAUGGAACCUGGACUGCUCAACCUCCACCCUAUCAACCCAUUGUUGCUCAAGACGGAAUCUUGCACAAUUUGAGCGAGUACAUUACCAUGAGCGGUGCGGAUACAUUGUCAAGCUUGGAUACCGAAACUGUGACAGCUGCAAUUUCACAGAAGCUUGGCGUUGUGGUGAGCCACACUCAGCUUCAGGAUCUCUUCACCAAGCUUCCUUAA